AGAGUCCGAAGCCGAGCCUCCGUCGAGCGCUGAUUGGUUGAUGAGAAUCCAUGCUAGGAAUUCAUUGGACAGAGACACGGCACUGCGCGGCUGAUUGGUCGCCUGUAGUUGCGCGCAGAGCAUCAGGAGCGUGUCAUUAACUUUCGAUGGUUACCUGAGAUUGAGGGGAUGUUGGGCUGGAAAGUGUUGCAGUGACAAGCACGCGCUCCUACAGGGCACGAGAACCAGGGACACUUUCUUGGAGCGGGAGCACACACACACACACACACACACACACACACACACACACACACACACACACACACACACACACACGCACGCACGCGCGCGCGCUCGCGCUUGCACACACACAUACAAGCGCGCGCGCGGACCAGGAUGGCGAAAGAGAUGAAAGAUGCAUCCCGAAAGUUAUCUCAUUGGAGGCUGCAGAACAUCGUCCAGGAAUCCAUGGACAGCUCGGACGAGGAGUUCUUUGACGCCAGAGAUGUUAUGGAGGGGAAGACAGCCAUCCUGCUGGAGAUGAGCCAGUGGAACUCCAACGAUCUGGUGGAGCAGAUCGAGACCUUGGGACAUCUGGAGCGUUCACGAGAAAGCCUGUACAGACUGAGACACCCUCGCUGUGCACCACAGAGCAGUGUAGACGGUCUGGAGGACAUGGAGAGGAAAUGCAGGACGCAGCUGUUGAUCCUGGUUGUUCACGGAGGUCACAUUCUAGACUCCGGCGGCGGCGAUUCAGGCGGGAAGGCGGGGGACGCUGCUACCCUGGGGUCGGUGUUGGAGCGGGUGGCGCGAGCUCACUUCCAGGAAGCAGCAGACAGCAUACUGGUGCGCUUGGUGCCCUGCCCUCCUGUAUGUGCAGAAGCCUUCUCGCUUGUCUCUCAUUUGAAUCCGUACAGCUACGACGAGAGCUGUGUUUGCAGUAGCGUGGAUCACUUGCCGUUGGCCGCUCUGCCCAUCCUCACCAUCGCCGCUCCUCAGUACCAGGAGGCCGUAGCGACUGUGAUCGCUCAGGCCAAUCAGGUGUAUCACGACUUCAUCCAGUCUCCUGAAGGGCUGGGCUUCACCGGGCAGGUGUGCUUGGUGGCUGACUGCGUUGGUGGAGUGCUUUGUUUCGAUGCGCUGUGUUUUAGCGGCGACAAGCGACACGGAAGUCCCAAGACGAACACAAGGAACUACAGCACCGAGAGCCUCAAGGAGAAGCCAGGAGCAAUGAGCAGUCUGAGUCCCACUCUGAGGAGCAGCAAACGCCUGAGCAAGAGCAACAUAGACGUGUCAGCACCGUGGAACUCGGCGUCGGCCCUGGGACGUCCGCUCAUCCGCAAGCAGAGCGACUCGUGUGACACGGACAUCUCCGGAAGUCAGAGAGAGGUCUUCUUCAGCAGUCUGUCUCAGGAUGAAGAGAUGAACCCUGGGCAGGAUCAGAACCCAGGCUGCUUUGACUUUGAGGUCUCAGACUGCUUUCUGCUGGGCUGCCCGUUAGGACUGGUGCUGGCCAUGAGGAGAACCGUGCUGCCGGUCGUGCAGAUUGACCAGUUGCGUCCAGCCUGCUCACAAAUCUUCAAUCUGUUCUACCCGUCUGACCCAUCUGCCUCACGUCUGGAGCCCCUGCUGUACCCGCCUCUCACACAGCUGCCCCCCUUCACUGUGCCACGCUACCAGCGCUGCCCCCUGGGCGACGGGCGCUCCGCUCUCAUCGCUGACACUGUGGUUAAACAGACGUCGGAAGGAAGUGCCGAUGUUGUCCAGAGUCCGUGCUGUAAGACAACGAGCGAUGGGACAUCUUCUAACGGCGAGGAGAAGGACGGUCGGACAGAACAGACCGUCUCACAACUAUGUAGCAGGUGGUGGGGUCUGAAGCGUCUGGAUUACGUGCUCUACUGCCCUGAUGUUCUCACGGCGUUCCCCACUGUAGCUCUGCCUCAUCUGUUCCACGCUUCAUACUGGGAGUCUACAGAUGCUGUGGCCUUCAUCCUCAGACAGGUGCUACGUUGUGACUGUCUGAAGGCAGGUGAAGCAGACUGCUGCGACUCGGUUCCCAUCUCUCCGUCCAGCCCUCGGGAAAAAUGGCUGCGCAGAAGAACACACGUCAAACUGCGGAACGUGACUGCUAACCACAGAGUACACGACGUGAUCGCGACAGAGGACGGGCCACAGACGCUGGUGGGGAGGUUCAUGUACGGCCCUCUGGACAUGGUGACCCUCACCGGAGAGAAGGUGGAUGUGUUUUUGGCGACGCAGCCCGGAUCGGGACGAUGGGUGAUGUUUGAUACCGAGGUAACCACCAACAGCGGUCGUGUGACCUACACCAUUCCUGCAAACAAGAGACUCUCGGUUGGCGUUUACCCCAUCAAAAUGGUGGUCAAAGGAGACCAGACGAGUGCGGAGGCGUUCCUCACCGUGCUGCCACGAGGAAUGGAGUGUGUGGUGUUCAGUAUCGACGGCUCCUUCGCUGCCAGCGUCUCUCUCAUGGGCAGCGACCCUAAAGUCCGUCCUGGAGCUGUAGAUGUGGUUCGGCACUGGCAGGACCUCGGUUACCUCAUCAUCUACAUCACAGGUCGACCCGACAUGCAGAAGCAGAGGGUGGUGUCAUGGCUGUCGCAGCACAACUUCCCCCAGGGCAUGGUGUUUUUCUCCGAGGGGCUCGUCCAUGACCCCCUGCGCCAGAAAACCCUCUUUCUCAGAAGCCUCAUCAACGAGUGUCACAUUAAGAUUAGUGCGGCGUACGGCUCUAUGAAGGACAUGUCUGUGUACAGCGCGCUCGGCCUGGACGCCUCGCAGAUCUACAUCGUGGGACGACCAUCCAAGAAGCACCAGCACCAGUGUCAGUUCCUGAGCGAAGGAUAUGCGGCUCACCUCUCCGCUCUGGAGUUCGAGCACGGUUCACGUCCCAAGAAGAACCGCAUGAUCCUGCGCCAGGGCUCUUUCGGCCUCUCGUCCAAGCCGGACUUCCUGUCUCCGUCGCCUGAUUUCUUGACAUGCAAGCGCACUCCGCUGCUGCGCCGAGCCAUGUCCAUGCAGCAGGCAUCUCCACCCGCUUCCUCGUCGUCCACGCCCAAACCAGAGCGUGCUCAGAGCCAGCCCGAGAGAUACAGGGACGGGCCUGAGAUCCGCAUCGAAUUUGACGAUCAGGACCUGGAAACAGGAGGCUUUACUGCUGUACUGUGAGAACAUGUGACCACUUGGUGCACGGAUAAAAGUACGAUAUUGUGCUUGUGGUAAACGGUUUAGAUUAGACUUUUUUUAAAAUCGAGUGUUGUGAAAUGUUCAGAAUUUCAUUCCUAUUUGUGAAAAACUUCCUAAGCUUCUAAAUAAAAAAUCGGUUAAAUCCAGAAGCCGGCCAUUCUUUAAGCAGUCCACAGACAAACAGUAAUGCGGCGCUCAGUGUAGUGCAACAGGCUGCCAUUUAUUAGUGCUGACAAGCUGAGAGGCUCCUUUACUUAUCCAGCUCCCGUUUGUUUUGUGCUGACGCACUCGAGCCGACCUGCGUCACUCAGGCGCUCCGCUAGCCUACGGAUCCUGAAUAAGCCAAUCAGCACGAUAAAGCCAGAAGGUCUUAAGAAACCACCUCGCUCUCUUUGUGAGCCCUGUUCUGACCGAGGGGAAUGAUUGUCUGUUUUGUCUCUGCACAAUCUGCCCAGAGUCACUCGGUUUCUUCAGGCAUUGUUGACCAAUUGGUGGGAUCACGGUGCCUCCGUAUCAGGUGGUUUGGGCUGUUGUUUUCUCCCAGCAGUUAUUACGGCACUCUCUGCUUAUUUUCUGUGUUACAUCAGAGAGCAGUUUUUUAAAGGAAAAAAAAAAGAGAACGCUGACUGGAUUCGUGGAAAUGAUAUCCAUGCUUGAUAAAAGAUCGUUGUAUCGGUGGAAAAAUAUAAUAAUUAUCGUGGUAGGUGGUACUUUGGGGUGUACAACACAAACAUAAUAACAGGAG